UAGGCUGCGGGAGGAAGAGGAGGAAGAAGAAGAAGAUGAAACAUCGCCUCCUGCAGGAAACUCUGAGUCUCUGCACUUACCAUCACUUUCAUUUACCAAUGCUAAUAACUACUUUUUAAUCCAAAUAUUACACAUUCUUCCUCCUGAUCCUCCUGCCUACCUCGGCUCCGGGCUUUGUCUCUCUUGUUGCGGCUGAACAGUUUCAUGCUGGAGGAGGAGGACAAGGGUUGCUGGUUCGAAUCCCUUGAGGUUGACCUGAAGAUCCCACUGAAACUCAGCCUGACACACAGUUAGGAUCUGCUUUUCCUAUCGGUUCUGCUGCAGGUGUGUGUGUGGGUGUGUGUGUGUCUGUGUGUACCUGCGUGCAGUUUUAGGCGGGGACUCCUGUGGUGGGGGUACACUCUGGUUGGUUUUGGGGUGUCCAGGGGUCCAGUGGGGGACAGAGGGCCGGUUGAAUGCAGCCCGAUGGAAGAAGCUCUUGGUGGGGAAGGAGGAGAGGAGGAGCUCCCCCUGCAGGACGGGAGCGCCGCCCUGCAGGAAGGGCAUCGCUCCUGCAGACACACACUCCUGCAGACUCACACUCCUGCAGUUUCCCGUGGUGAAGUGCAGACUGCAGCGGAAAAGAAGUGCUGAUGGAGUCCUGUUGCAUCAUGGGAGAGUUUGGGGGUAAACACGGAGGGGCAGAUUAUCAGAUAAGCAUCUGCUGAGACGUCACAGAGACCACCGACCGACAACAUGCAGCUGCCUCCCUGUGUGGUGGACUGUGGGACAGGGUACACAAAGAUCGGCUAUGCAGGAAACACGGAGCCUCAGUUCAUCAUGCCGUCCUGUAUCGCCAUCCGGGAAUGGGCGGGGGUGGGGGAUCAGGCUCAGCGGAGACUCGUUAAAGGAGUGGAAGAUCUCGACUUCUACAUCGGAGACGAAGCUGCAGACAAACCCAACUACGCCACCAAGUGGCCUAUCCGUCAUGGCAUGGUGGAGGACUGGGACCUGAUGGAGAAGUUUAUGGAGCAAAUCAUCUUCAAAUACCUGCGAGCCGAACCUGAAGACCACAGCUUCCUCAUGACAGAGCCUCCUCUCAACACUCCUGAGAACAGAGAGUAUCUGGCAGAGAUCAUGUUCGAGACCUUCAACAUCCCCGGACUCUACAUCGCAGUGCAGGCGGUGCUGGCGCUGGCGGCGUCCUGGACGUCCCGUCAGGUCGGAGAGCGCACGCUGACCGGCGUUGUCAUCGACAGCGGAGACGGAGUCACACACGCCAUCCCAGUGGCUGAGGGCUACGUGAUUGGCAGCUGUAUAAAACACAUCCCCAUCGCAGGGCGGGACAUCACCUUCUUCAUCCAGCAGCUGCUCAGAGACCGGGAGGCAGGAAUCCCCCCCGAGCAGUCGCUGGAGACCGCCAAGGCCGUCAAGGAGCGGUACUGUUACAUCUGUCCGGACAUCGUGAAGGAGUUCUCAAAGUUUGACUCUGACCCGGCGAAAUGGAUCAAACAGUACCGCGGAGUCAAUGCCGUCACCAAGACCGAAUUCAACAUCGACGUCGGCUACGAGCGUUUCCUCGGCCCCGAGAUCUUCUUCCAUCCAGAGUUUGCUAACCCGGACUUCAUGCAGCCGAUCUCUGACGUUGUCGAUGAGGUCAUCCAAAGCUGUCCAAUCGAUGUGAGGCGGCCACUAUACAAGAACAUUGUGCUCUCCGGAGGAUCCACCAUGUUCCGAGACUUUGGGCGGCGUGUGCAGAGAGACCUGAAGAGAGUCGUGGACGCCCGACUGAAAUUCAGUGAAGAACUCAGCGGAGGACGAUUGAAGAUUUUGGGGGUUUUUCAUUUGCAGCCAAAGCCAAUGGAGGUGCAGGUCGUCACUCAUCACAUGCAGCGCUAUGCCGUCUGGUUCGGAGGAUCAAUGUUGGCGUCCACGCCGGAGUUUUCCCAGGUGUGUCACUCGAAGAAGGACUAUGAUGAGAUCGGCCCGAGCAUCUGUCGACACAACCCCGUGUUUGGCAUCAUGUCCUAACGAACAGCGGCAGCUACAGAUAGCCAGCUUGUUAGCAUGCUAAGUUGUUAGCCUGUUGUCCUGUUCACCUGCUAGCCACCAACCUCUAAGCCAGUAGUUAUACUGCAUCUCAAUAAAUUAGAAUAUUGUGGAAAGGAUAAUUAAUGACAGUCAUUUUACGUAAAAAAGUUAAACUAACACAAAGUGAAUUAUUUCAAGCGUUAAUUACCCAAGUCCAAUAGAACGAUAAAGUACAGAAAUAUUGGCCUUCCUAGAAGUAUGUUGAUGUGUGUGCACGCUAUUCUAAUUUAUUGAGAUGCAUCUGUAAUAUCUUGUUUAUUUAAGUGAUUUAGCCCGCUAUGCUAAUACACUGUUAGCAGGCUAGCUCAGUCUCAUCCAGCACAGGUCUGGAGAAACUCAAGCACCAAAGUCUGUGUUUUAUUUUAAACUUUGACCAUAAAGAGCAUUGAUAUUGUCAAAAAAGCAACCAGGUUAGUGUUUUUAAAGGAUUUCUCCAGACCUCAAGAUGAAGAGUAGCUAGCCGUUAGCCUGUUAGCAAUCCUUUAAGAAACGUAGCAUUGCCGUGUGUUUGUUUUACAGCCUGUAUCAUAAAGUUCUGCACAGCAUUUAUAUUUGUAAAGAAGAGCAGAUGAUAUUUAUUAUAAUGUAAAACAUUAAACUGAGAUGCACUGAGUCUGUCUGAGAGGAUAAAAGACACAACAGAUAUUUAGUUUUGUGAAGAUGUCCACAACGUUGCAGUGAAAUCAUAUUUUUGUGGCCAAGCUGAGAUGUUCUGAUUGUUGAUAAUUCACCUGUGGUUUGAUACUGGGCUGCUGUCAAUAAAUCACCUUUAAGACACGUUGA